UUAGAUACACUACCUAUCUAAAGUUAAUAAACAUUGGCUCAACCCUCAUUUUAAAAUUAUCUCUACAUAAAAAAUGGAUUAUGAUUAUAUUAAAGAAGAGUAUUUAAGUGAUGAUGAAUACUACUACGAGGAAAAAAGACGAAAUCUUGCUUUUCAAAACAUUUUGGAUGAGGAAGAAAUUGUUAGAAAAUCCCUAGGAAAAGUUCCUAGCAGAAAAUUGGUUAAAGGAGGCGACGGGGGGCAAGCUGUAGCCAUGGCGACGGCGUUGGGAGCCAACAACGGUGCUGCCACAGCGGCCAGUGGUGCCACCAUCACAGUAGUCGCUACCAACCAGAUUCUACAGGUUACUCCGACUGUGGUGACAGUGCAGACAAGAGAACACUCGCCAGAUACCAUAUCUAUAACAGCUGUGCCAACGUCACAUCCGACUUUGUCUCAGAACGGCAGUGUUGAGAGUGUGCUGCACAGUCCAGGAGAUUCCUCUGAUGGUUCCAACAACCCUGUAGGUCGAGACUCCACACCAGACACGGCUGCUACAAUUGUGGACUCCUCUCACUAUAUCACAGUUGCCGUUCCAGACACGGAGACGGUGGGCAGUGACGGAGUGGGUCACUCCACAUAUGUUCAGUAUGUGGAGAGUACACCAGACCAGGCUAUCUACACCACCACCAACGGACAGAUGGCUUACCCGGUGUACACGGUGGGAGGGGAGAGUGGCACAAUGUACACACCUGCGUCAGGGCAGUACUACACGCCUGGAAACUCUACCCCUGUCACUUACACACAGGUAGCCAACAGCCUGAACCAAGGCGCAGGUAACCAGCUGCUCGGCAACACAACCUACUUGAUACAGCAGAGUGUGGACAAUGAACACACACUGAUAGCAGCGUCUCGCAACAGUCCCCAGACUGUCACUGCGGACGUGGCUUACCUGGUCAACUCCAGUGGUACCACUGCGGGCCCCGGCUGUCGGGACAGUGGCGCCAACAGCUCCUCAUCAUCUACCAUAGACAAUGAGGGAUCCUCCAACCUGGUACAUGCUACUAGAAUAUCACCCGCUACUGUCCAAUGGCUGCUGGAGAACUACGAGACUGCAGAAGGCGUGUCGCUGCCGAGAUGUACCAUGUACUGUCACUACCUUCGCCACUGUUAUGAUAACAAGCUGGACCCUGUCAAUGCGGCCAGCUUCGGCAAACUGAUACGUAGUGUGUUUCUGGGUCUGCGCACACGACGGCUCGGCACGAGGGGUAAUUCCAAAUACCACUACUACGGUAUACGAGUCAAGCCCAACUCCCCCCUAAACUCUGCGACUGUGGGUGAUGAAGCUACUUCUCUGUCGUCGCGGGUAUCGAACCAGUCAACCCCGGGUCACAAGCGGUACAAGCUCAUUCACAAGACGGAGAGCAACACCAGCAACGACUGUAUCACAGAACACAACCACUCGUCCAAUCACAGCUCACAGUCAAACAACCACCAGUUUCUGGGGGACGGAGCCAACGCUAUCCCGGAGUUCCCAGAGAUAGAACUCCCUCCGGACUGCACUCUUCCAGAAGACUGCUCCUUAGAGGAUGUUGAUACUCUCCGUAGCAUCUAUAGGGAACAUUGUGAGGCCUUCUUAGACGCUAUCAUGAACUUGGAGUUUGUUACGAUUGAGUCUCUGUGGCGAGAGUUUUGGCGAUCGCAAGAUAACAACAAUGGAGACGAGUGUGAAGAAGAGAAGUACUUGUCUAAAACCAAGCUGUAUCUCCUCAGCAAGUGUUCAUACAUACAGCAGUUUGUGCGGAGGGUGGAUUACCAUUUUUACCAGAAUCUAGUCGAAGUGCUCAUUCCUGACGUGCUCAGGCCAAUACCUAGUUCCUUAACCCAAGCCAUUCGUAACUUUGCCAAAGGUCUUGAAUCUGGUCUCAACGCUGCCAUGGUUGGAUGUCCCCAAGAUAUGGUCAAUAUCAAGGUGAAUGCAGUGGCAGCGUUUGCCCAGACUCUGCGCCGCUACACGUCACUGAACCAUCUGGCGCAGGCUGCGCGAGCCGUGCUACAGAACUCCACACAGAUCAACCAGAUGCUUGCUGACCUCAACCGUGUAGACUUUCACAACGUACAGGAGCAGGCAUCAUGGGUCUGCCAGUGUGACGGUAUGCUGGUACAGAGGCUGGAGGCUGACUUCAAGGUGACACUUCAGCAGCAGAACUCCCUAGAAGAGUGGGCCAGUUGGCUGAAGAAUGUAGUCAGCACGGUGCUGAAGCCGUACCAGGGCAAACCUAACUUCACCAAGGCUGCCCGACAGUUCCUGCUCAAGUGGUCGUUCUACAGUUCGAUGGUGAUUCGAGACCUAACCCUGAGGUCUGCCGCAAGCUUUGGCUCGUUCCAUCUGAUCCGGCUGCUCUAUGAUGAGUACAUGUUCUAUCUCAUUGAGCAUCAAGUGGCCUUGGCGACUGGAGAGACUCCCAUUGCUGUCAUGGGCGAGAAGUGUGGCGGCUCCAGCAUGCUAGACUACCCACUUGACUCACUGGCGUCUUGUAAUGGAGAUGAGAGUUACUUAGGUUUGGAGCAACAUCUUCCAUCAGCCAAACGCAUCAAGCUCAGCUAACCGGCCCCUACCACCUGCCCCACCUUCUAGUCCACCACGCCGCUUGUCCUACGUAGAUGUGCCAUGACAACAAUUGGCAGUUCUAACUAGAAAUCUUCUGUUUAUUUUAUAACGAUUAUACAACUUAAUUUAUUAACGGUUUUUACCGUAAUCACACUGUUUUAAUGCUUUAUAUGGUCUCCUGUAAUGGACGUUUUGUGUGAUUUGAUGUUUUGCACUGUUCAGUGUUUUGUCUAUUUCUUUAAUAAAGAAUUUGAUCUCGA